AUGGCUCCUGAUUUACAUCAAUCCUCGGGUGGUACCUCACAACAGAUGGACCAAUACGAAAAUCAUUACUAUCUUCAUAGUUCUGAUCAUGCUGGACUUAUCUUAGUUUCCGAUCGACUCACCACUGGCACAGACUUUCAUUCUUGGAGACGUUCGGUUCGUAUGGCGCUCAAUGUCCGCAAUAAGCUAGGGUUCAUCGACGGAACGAUUCCUAAACCUAGAGAUGGUGAUAGAGAUGCCGGAUCUUGGUCCCGGUGUAAUGAUAUGGUGGCCACAUGGCUCAUGAAUUCGGUUUCUAAGAAGAUUGGCCAAAGUCUUUUGUUCAUCUCCACGGCUUCAGGUAUCUGGAAAAAUCUCUUAGCUCGAUUCAAACAAGAUGAUGCUCCUAGAAUCUUUGAGAUAGAACAAAGGCUUAGUAAUAUUCAUCAAGGAUCUUUGGAUGUUAGCUCUUACUAUACGGAACUCAUCACACUGUGGGAAGAAUACAACAACUAUGUUGAGUUACCAGUAUGUACUCGUGGAAAAUGUGAGUGCAAUGCAGCAACUCAAUGGGAAUCGAUGCAACUUCGAAGCAGAGUCAUCAAAUUUUUGAUGGGAUUAAAUGAAUGUUAUGAGUCAAUUCGACGACAUAUUCUUGUUCUCAAGCCAAUACCGUCAAUUGAAGAUGCAUAUAAUAUGGUAGCACAAGAUGAGAGACAAAAGUCAAUGAAGCCAACGAGACCUGAAAAUGUGGUUUUCCAAAGUUCUGGUCCUACUCAGUCUACUCAGGACACCUCAGAAAAUGUGGAUUAUGCAGCAUAUGCCUUACAGAACAACUAUCGACCCAAAACGAGACCAGUUUGUACUCAUUGUGGUCAAACAGGACAUGUUAUUCAACGAUGCUUCAAACUACAUGGGUAUCCCCCUGGAUAUAUUCCUGGCUACAAGAGUGCUUCCUCAGCUUACAAUCAAGGUCAAAGACCAUUCGCCCCUACUCAACCUCAAUCUCAACCAAGAGGACAAUUUCCUGCUUUUCAACCCCGAGGAAGAUUUGAAAGUCCAAGACCACAAGUUGUGGCAAAUAUGAUGACUGAUGCUUACCCAUACAUGCCACCUCCAGCUCAAUCCCCUUUGAAUCUCGACUUUAGUAACAUGAACCCGGAGCAGGUUCAGACUCUCAUUCAACAGCUGAGUGCACAAGUUAAAGUCUCAGAUCCUACAGACAAUCCAUCGUCUAGUGCACCGACUGCUACCAUUACAGAGCAUGGAAUUAUGGCUGCUCAAUCCUCAUCUGGUAUCAUUCCUUUUCCAUCUUCUUCAUUGAGAUUUGAAAAUGAUAGACUGACUUUCCAACAUAAAUGUUUAUCCACUCUAUAUAAUAAUCUCCCCCCUGGUUCUUGGAUAAUUGACAGUGGUGCCACUUGUCAUGUGUGUUUUGAUUUGGCUUUGUUUAGUGACAUAGUAUCGGUUUCUGGAAUAACAGUAUCACUUCCGAAUGGACAUAGAGAAGAGAUUACACACACUGGCACAGAGUCUAUUCAGGGCUUGAUGAUUGGUAGAGGACAUCUCAUUCACAAUCUCUACAUAUUACAACUUCACAAUCCUCCUUCAUCUGCAUUUUUCUCUAGAUCCGUGAUGCUUGAUAAUUCGCUUUGGCACCAACGUCUUGGCCACCCAUCUUAUGAGAGAUUAGCUCAAUUGUCCAAUGUUUUACCUCUGUCCAAGUCUAGUAAGUCCUCUGAGUCUCAUUGUCAAAUAUGUCCCUUAGCUAAACAAAAACGAUUACCGUUUGAGUCUAAUAAUCACAUGUCUAGUCUUCCAUUUGAUUUACUUCAUUUAGACAUUUGGGGCCCUUUUAAUACGGAGUCUGUUGAAGGUUAUAGAUUACCAUCUGCUCUUCUCAAGAACAAAACCCCGUAUGAACUUUUACUAAAGAAAACCCCUGAUUACUCUUUUCUUCGAUCUUUUGGGUGCUUAUGCUAUGUUUCUACUUUACAAAAAGAUAGGAACAAGUUUAGUCCUCGUGCAGAUCAGUGUGUCUUCUUAGGAUAUUCCACAGGAUAUAAAGGAUACAAAGUCUUACAUUUGGAUUCGAAUCUUAUAUCUGUCUCUAGGAAUGUAGUUUUUCAUGAAUCUACAUUUCCUUUUGCCACUAUCUCUGAUAAUCAUUCAGUGGAUAUUUUCCAAAGCUCUAUACUUCCUUUACCAAUUCCUGCUGUCUUAGAUGAACAUGUUACAAUUCCACAUUCUAGCUCAUCUCAUAUACCUGACAUGCAUCAUUCUUCUUCCCCUGAUAUUCCUCCAUCUCAUACAUCAUCAUCUGCAUCACAAUCUCCUUCUCUUUGUCCAGGAAAUACUUCUAACCCCUGUUAUUACAGAAACCGGUAUUACUUCACUACCUAA